AUUUUUGCUUAUUGCAGGUUGAGAGAUAUCAUGAAUCCAAUUUUUGGAAGAUUGUCCAUUGGAUGGCAACUUCUCUUCCACUUCAUUAUCUUUGCUAUAUUUGCAUUUGAUAUAACUUAUCAUGACUAUUACUUUAAUAUUCCUGGAGGAAGAGGAUAUGGUGGAAAGUGGAAGUAUCUCACCGUUUGGGAUGUGCUGGUCCAGUGUGUCUUUUUCAUGGUGUGCUGCUUUGAUGAUGUCACCAUGCUGAUCUCGAGACAUGACCGACCAUUGAAGAAAGCCAGUGACAACUUCUUUUCCUGCUUGGCAUUUCCACUUGGAGUGUUUGUAUCUGUAUCUUUCUGGAUCCUGUACACACUGGACAAUGAAUUGGUAAUUCCAGCUGAUGUGGCUCCAUACUACCCAUUAUGGCUGAACCACCUUGAUCACUCAGGACCAAUUGUAGUCAUGCUGGCAGAAGCAUACCUCUGUUACCAUCAGUAUCCAUCAAAGGCCUUUGGUCUCACCCUCAUCUCUCUUUUUGCCCUUGUCUACUUGAUGUGGGUACUCUAUUUGGCAUGGGCAGCUGGAAUUUGGGUGUAUCCUUUCCUUGAUAAAUUCUCAGCUAUUGAGAGGGCCACAUUCAUCACUGGUUCAGUUUUUGUCUUCUGGUUCUUUUACCUCAGUGGUCACCUGAUGAAUUCUCUGUUAUGGAGAAAACGUGCUGGUGAGGAGGUAGAUGACAACGAGGACGGUCCUGGUGCCAAGGACGAGCACGAGCCCAACCCAAACACCGAUAAUGUACCUUUGCAAUAA